GUUGACAGCGAGGGCAGAGGAGGACAGGAAAUCGCCGCUUUGAGUGACUCUCUUCCUGGGGACCCAGAAGAAUUGGAGGCUGUAAAGGAGGAUCCCCAGAUAACAAACAUAACAGAGAAUAAUCCCAUCAUGAGCUUCUUUAAAACGCUGGUCUCGCCUAAUAAAGCUGAAGCAAAAAAAGAUCUGGAAGACCCGGGUGCUGAAAAGCCACCCGCCACUGCAGCGGACCUCAAGUCAGACAACGUCAACUUUGCCCCCCAGGAUACUCAAGCAGCUGCCAAGAACCCUGCAGCCACUGAAAUAGCAAAGGACGGUGCCAAGGAAAAGGGUGCCGCCACCCCUCUGCCACUGGCCAAAAUGUUUUGGAAAAAGUCAGUUAAAGAGGAAUCAGUCCCCACAGGUUCAGAGGAGAAUGAGGUGUGUGAAUCGCCUGUAGAGGUUGUAAAGUCCCAAGAAGCAGAAUCAGCCUUACAGACGGUGGAUCUCAACGAAGAUGGGCAUGCUCCCCCCAAGCCCGCAGAAUCAAAAUCCAAAAGAGAAGAAGGCAAACCACAGAAACCUCCAUCCUGGCGUUUUUCAGACAAAUGGUAA